UGCAUCUCCUGGAAUUCUUUACGCACUCUCAUUGAUCAUUCAUGGUUUUGUUCCGUCAUUCAUUCGUUUGUUUGUUUGGUGCUUCGGCGUUUCGUCCCAUUACGAAUACUCUCGCUCGCUAAUUAUUCGCCAAAAUACGCCAUUCAUUGAGACCCCAACCUUCUGAUAUCCUUUCAUUUUCUUGUAAGAUGAGAAAGUCCUUUUACUCCUUCUCGUCCGAUGACGAGCACCUGAGCCUGGCCCCUAGAGAACAUCUACAACACCCUCCACCUUCAUACACCAUGGACGACAGCUAUAGAUUGUCGAUGCCGCAAUUGACAACGCAAUCGGCUACUUCAAAAGCCGUCCCGGGAUAUGUAAUGAGAGACGACGAACGAUAUCCAACGCCCGUAGAAGAGGAUCCCGGAUUGCACCCAUAUACCCCACCAUUCUCUCCAGCCACAGCUUUCUCACGCGAUACCUUAUCUCCAUCAACAGUAUCUCCCAUUAGCAGGAAUUUGACCGCCGUCACCACUCCGGGCUCACCUCUUCAGAAAUUAGAAGUCGAAGGAAAUCGAAAAAAUCGAUCAUCCCGUCAACAAUGCUGCGGGGUACGGCGUCGAAUAUUCAUUGCCCUGGUUGUUGGAUUGGUAUUACUAGUUAUCGUUGGAAUUGUAGUGGGAGUCGUCGUUGCACUAAAGAUCAAAGAAGCAUCGGAGGAUACGACACGACUGCCAGCCCUUACCUCCUCUGGCCUGUUCAUUGGAACGAAUUACACAAAUUGGAACUCCCAAAUCGCCUACACAAACACGACCUCAGGUAAAGUCACGUUCAGACUCAACAGCGGAGCAGCCAAUUUUACAGCCGCCCAAACAAUGGAUCUGACCAUAGUGCCUUCAAUAAAUGCACCGAUGUCCAUGGUCAGCAUGCUUGGAACAGAUGGCAAUAUUUACAUCAACCUCUUUUACAUCUAUGAUUCGAAAAUCGUUCUCGCCAAUGUGAGCUGUGAUCCGACAACUGUUCCCACGGCCUGCACAACAAUAUAUAACGACGCCAUAUCUGAUGGCCUCUCGUUCCCAGUCUAUGAGUACUCGGGUCUGGCUGCCCUCUACCUUGGGACCCGGGAUCUCGGUUUCCGAGUCUUCUAUCACAAUUCGGACCGCUACAUAACGCAACUCUCGAUGGACGGACGAGGAAUGUGGGACCACGGAGCAACGGUUUCUGGGAAGGCGCCGAGUGGAAGUAGUAUCUCUGCUGCCCAAGUUGGAAAUACUUCUUCGCUCACUUUGUUUUAUGUUGACGAUAAGAGUAAGGAUCUCUACUAUAUCUCAUAUAACAAGACAUGGGAAGCUGCUAAUCCCGUGGUUACCUCGGAGGGGUCGAAAUGGAGCUCUCUGACCGAUUUCUCUACCUGUUGGCAACCGUCAAGUGAUACAUUGUACGCCUUUUUCACGGGAUCCGACAAGUCGAUAUACCAAGUAGCGGCGACCAAUGCUUCAAAUUCUGGUCCACUGGAAUGGUCAAGCACAAGUCAUGAUUUAUCAUGGGUGCCAAGUGAUUCUAUGAGAGCAGGGAUUGGGGCUGUCGCCUGGGGACAGGAUCAAGUGAGAUUUUUCAGGCUGGUUGCUGGGAAACUGGCGCAGAGUGCAAUGAGUAACGGGGUCUGGAGUGCAAAAUAUAUUUGAGAAAUGAGGAGUAUUGCGCACAAUGAUUAUAUGAGGCUGGGUUU